AUGUCCACCGUGAACCCGUCCUUUCAGGAGGCCAUCAAGGUCACCCCACAAGGUCCCAACAAAUACAGCGCCUUCCUCCGACCAGAAUGGUGCAUUGGAACCGUCCCACACGGAGGCUACACAACAGCCGUAAUCUACCAACUAACUCUAACGCACUUCGCAUACGCCCACCCAAAGCAACACAAAUGCGCCGCGUCCCCAAUCUCAAUUCAACUGUCCUUCCUGCGACGCACUGCCUCAGGUCCCGCAACUUUCGAAGUUGAAGACGUCAAGAUUGGCGCCCGCACAAGCACAAUCCACGUCAAGCUAUUCCAAGCCUCGGAAAAGAAACCUGGCCAGUUGGACAUCAUGGUCGCUGGCUAUGUCACCGUCAGCCCAUCGGAGGCCGAGGUCGGCAUUAGCGCAAACACAGGGUGGAAGCCUCACCCAGCUCCGGUGGCGGGGUCGCGAGCGGACGGGUCCGUUGAUCUGACGGCGCUGGGUCGAACAGGCACAGACGGCGCUUGGAGGAAGCUCGAGGCGCCUUUUACGGCGUUCCGUAAGGCUGCGGCGCAGAUCGAGCUGUUUGGUCCUGGUGAUGUUGAGACGCAGCAGAAGCGCUCUGAGAACAUGCUGAUCGAUCAGUGGGCUAGGUUCCGCCCGGGGGGUGAUGUGAGCGGGCGCUGGACGGAGGCUGCGGUAGCGUAUCUUAUCGAUAUGUUUCCCAUGAUGUUGGAUGGGUUCGAUGCUAUGUCUGCCACUGCUACGGCGAAGGAGCGUGGGACUUCGCUUGCCGAAGAGAAGGCAAAGUUUUGGUAUCCCACUGUUACGCUCAAUGUGGAUAUUAAGAAGCACCUUCCUGCCGAGGGAGUCGAGUGGCUUUAUAGUCGGAUCGAGACUAAGGUUGUUAGGGAUGGGCGUACGGAUAUAGAGGUUACGGUUCUUGAUGAGGAUGGGGAAGUUAUCGCAAUAGCCCACAAAACCAAGUCCAUUCUUCCAGUCUAUGUGCUUCAACAGGUCAAACGGCGGGGCUGGGGUCUUAUGAGAUGGCCCCAAGAAGAUGAGCCGCUUGGUGCGAAACUAGCGGAUCUUCACAAUCUUAAUGGAUUUGACGUUGCAACACCCUUCCUGGAAAAUCACAACUCACGUGUUACGGUUAAGGAUGCCUAUGCGCAAUGGGUUUCCGUCCGUGUCGCGCUCCUUUCGCCGCCGCCACCCCCUGGUACCGAGUACGAAUCUGAGUGGGAUGCGCUUGUUGCUGAGAGUACACAAUCUCAUCGAUUGCGUAUUAUGGAGGAGUCGGUCCGUUCCUGGUACUCGAGAUUAACCUACUAUCUCUAA